AAUGCUAAGCGGAAGUGUUGUUUAGCUUCGUCACCGACCGAGUUCAACAUGGAGGACAUGUACAUUAAACCAGGUAACCAGGAGCGGGGCUGGAACGACCCCCCCCAGUUCUCAUACUGCCUUCAGAAGGCCCACGGACCUCAGAGGAACCUCCUGAACAAGAGAGCAGCGCCACCUGCAGCUUCAGGUGUUGGAGCCCCGCCCAUGACGCCUCCCUCCUCCAAUCCUCUGGCUCCACCUCCAAUCGGUGUUGCCCCGCCCCCUCUAACCCCAGUUCGACCUCCUCCUGGCUGUGUGGCCACGCCCCCUCCUCCUCUGGGACCAAUGAAAAGUCAGAGAGAGGCAGGCAGCAGCCAAUCAGAGAGCGAGCCUGAGGUAGAGGCCGUGGUGUCGGUGUUGAAAGGAGCGCUCACCGCCUGCAGACAGACUGUUAAAGAUCAGGUGUGUAACGAUGUGGAGAAGAGGCUCCGCCUCCUGGAGGACAGCUGGAGGUCAGGUCGACUCAGCCUACCUGUCAAGAGACGCAUGGACACCCUGUCUCUGGAGCUGCAGUCGGGUCACUGGGACUCAGCUGAUGACAUCCAUCGAUCUCUGAUGGUUGAUCAUGUGACUGAAGUCAGUCAAUGGAUGGUCGGGGUCAAGCGGCUCAUCGCUGAGACCCGAAAACUGAGUCCUGAACUCUUAGAACCAUUUCUGAAACCUGCAACACCAGUCCAAGACCCUGUAGAACCAGUCCAAGACUCUUCAGAACCAGUCAACGACCCUGCCGAACCAGUCCAAGACUCUUCAGAACCAGUCCAAGACCCUGUAGAACCAGUCAACGAACCUGGAGAACCAGUACAGGACUGUUAAUCUUGCAGGAAUCAGCAGGUUUCUUUCUAGUCUCACCAAACUCUUGACUCUUUUAACCAUAACCAGGAUCUGGUUCUGAUAAUCCUCACAUUCAUAUUCACACUUCAGGAAAGGGUCAAAGGUCGAAACCACAGGAGCAGGUAAGGGGGUCUGUGGUUUGGUCAAGGAACCUUGAUGGAGACAUCCUGCAACUCUGGUCUAGACUGUGUCUGGACUAUAGACUCUGGACCCUCUGGAUUAGACUAUGAAUUCUUUAUUCUGGACCUUAUUCUCUAGACUUAAGACACUUUAAAACACUUUGAACUCUGGACGCCAUUUUCUAAUCUGUAGAUUUGGUUUCUGGACUAUCUAGACCCUGAACUCUGGACCCUUUACUGUAAAACGUAGACUCUUGACUCUGGCUGACUCUGUUGACUGUCCAACAGUGUAGUAAUGACCCAGAACAGGUUUCGACCAAUCACAGCAGAGCACUAUGCAUCAAACUCAGUAUAACGGCUGCAACUGUGGGAAUAAAUCUCUUUUCUUUAAUUUCUA